AUGCUGCCCGACGAACAUUCCUUGUCCUUUCGACCGACCUACACCCGCGACCAACUCGCGCUGUACGUCUCUUGCAUCGCGCCCGAUCCAAGCUAUACCCUGUCGACGCUCGAGGCCGAGAUCAAGGCAGACCCACUGGCCGCCCUGUCGACUCUUCAACUCCGGCAGAUGGCGUUCAAUCCCUGGGGAAACGUGGCGUUGCACUACUCGUGGCACCGCACCAUCACGCUCGACCCAGAAGCCCUGUUCCACAAGAUUGUCGAGCGCAAACUCGGCGGUUACUGCAUGGAGAACAAUGCCUUCUUUUCCACCAUCCUCCGAUCGCUGGGGUAUCAGCAGUACGUCACGGGCGCCAGGAUAAGCCACGCGCUCACAGGAAAUGCCGACCCCCGUGGCUUUGCAGGAUGGCAACAUGAAGUCAUCCUCGUUACGAUCAACGGACAGAAAUACCUGGCCGACGUGGGUUUCGGUUCCCAACCACUUAUCGAUGCGAUCCCACUGAUCAAACCCACGAGGGAAGACUGCUCGGAUGCGCCCAUCUACCCGUCGGUUCCCGGGGCCGAGUGCCGCCUCGUGUACCGGCCCAUAGCGCCCAACACGGACCAGUCGCAGAGGCUGUGGGUGUUCGAGACGCGCAACAAGUCGAAACCCGAAUGGGCCGCGGGCUACUGCUUCAGCGAACUCGAGUGGCUCCCGGGGGACUUUGAGAUCAUCAACUACCGCACCUCGAUGGACCCGACGAGCUGGUUCACGCACCGCAUCGUGCUGGCCAAGAUCCUCGUCGACGAGAAACGGGAGAAACCCACCGGCACCAUCACGAUGAGCGGCGAGAAGAUCGAGCGGAGACUGGCCGUCGAGUACGGCGGCAAAGGGAGCAAAGAGGUCGUCGUGGACGCGAAGACGGAAAAGGACCGCGUCAUGGGCCUCAGGACGUGGUUCGGCAUCGUCUUGCAUCCGGACGAGGAGCGAGGGAUUAAAGGCAUGGCGAGUGAGAUCGCCGAGCCUUUCAACGUUUGA